AUGGGUGAAGACGUGGAAGAGAGCUCUUCUCUAUCUUCUUCUUUUGAACUUCGCUUCAGAAAUUACGUUCCUAAGGACCGCAAACUUCGUCAGUUUUGUUUGCCGAGGCCUUCAAUCGAUGAACUUGAAAAACAAAUUGCAUUGGAAGCAGAAAGCGCUGUACAGGCAGCAAAAGAUGAAGAUAUUCUCUCUCAAGUAGUGCCGCGUCGACCCAACUGGGACCUGAAGAGAGAUGUAGAGAGAAAGAUAGCUAUUUUAUCUCGGCGUACCGACAAGGCUAUAAUCCAAUUGAUAAGGGAGAAGAUAGAGCAGAAUAAAAGGACGAAAGAGCUGACGAAUGAAGAGCAGAAAGCCGAUGAGAAUGAUGCAGAAGAUGAAGUAGAACACCGCUCCAGAGAGCAAGUGGAAAUAGGGCAAACAGUGUUGAACGGAAUGAAUGAAUUCGAUAAAAUUGAAGAAGACGAUGAUGCUGACUUAUAA